GCCGCCUCAGCCGCGGUCGCCGCCGCCUCGGCCGACUUAGGAUCCGCCGCCGCCUCUCCGCCCGCCUCGUCCGGACCCCGCCCGGGCCGCCCGGCCUCUCCCCGCCGACCCACGGUCUCGCCGUUCGGCGCAGGGCAGGUAGGUGGGCUACACGACAGAAGUCAACCCUUCUGUAAGUCACCCUGCUCUGGUUAUGAUGCUCUGAGUUCAAUACAUCUGAACUGUUGCUGUCUAUGGAUCUGCUCUAACCCUUAUAGCCUGCUUAUGGGGGAAGGUGACGCCUUCUGGGUCCCGUCUGUUCUUCCUCACAGCACCUUGAGCGCCUUAAGCCACCACGCCCAGCCACAUUUUGGCAGAAGGAUGGAGUCCAAGGUCUCAGAAGGUGGCCUGAACGUGACCCUGACCAUCCGCCUGCUGAUGCAUGGAAAGGAAGUUGGAAGCAUCAUCGGGAAGAAAGGAGAAACCGUGAAGAAGAUGCGUGAGGAGAGUGGUGCCAGGAUCAACAUCUCAGAGGGAAACUGCCCAGAGAGGAUCGUGACCAUCACAGGCCCAACAGAUGCCAUCUUCAAGGCCUUUGCCAUGAUUGCAUACAAGUUUGAGGAGGACAUCAUCAACUCCAUGAGCAACAGCCCUGCCACCAGCAAACCCCCAGUGACGCUGAGGCUGGUGGUGCCCGCCAGCCAGUGUGGGUCCCUGAUUGGCAAAGGAGGCUCCAAGAUCAAAGAGAUCAGGGAGUCCACAGGUGCCCAGGUGCAGGUGGCUGGGGACAUGCUGCCCAACUCCACGGAGCGGGCGGUGACCAUCUCCGGGACCCCAGACGCCAUCAUCCAGUGUGUCAAGCAGAUCUGUGUGGUCAUGCUGGAGUCCCCACCGAAAGGUGCCACCAUUCCCUACCGCCCAAAGCCCGCCUCCACCCCUGUCAUUUUUGCAGGUGGUCAGGCCUACACAAUCCAGGGACAGUACGCCAUCCCCCAUCCAGAUCAGUUGACCAAGCUCCACCAGUUGGCCAUGCAGCAAACCCCCUUUCCUCCCCUCGGACAGACCAACCCCGCUUUCCCCGGAGAAAAGCUGCCUUUACACUCCUCCGAAGAAGCUCAAAAUCUGAUGGGCCAGUCGUCAGGUCUGGACGCCAGCCCACCAGCCAGCACUCACGAGCUCACCAUUCCCAAUGAUCUAAUAGGCUGCAUAAUUGGACGCCAAGGGACCAAAAUCAAUGAAAUUCGACAGAUGUCUGGAGCUCAGAUCAAAAUCGCCAAUGCCACUGAAGGGUCCUCAGAGCGUCAGAUCACCAUCACGGGGACCCCGGCCAACAUCAGCCUUGCCCAGUAUCUCAUCAACGCCAGGCUGACGUCCGAGGUCACCGGGAUGGGCGCGCUCUAACACCACCCAGCAUCCUCCCGCCACGUCACCCCCUGCCAGAGCGCAAGCCCGGCUCUCACACUGUACAGCUCCCUUCCCUGCCUCACAGAUACCAGUGGAGAGGUUUUCUUCAUCAGCAAAAGGACUAGCCAUGGAUGAACGCCCGCGCACACAGCCGCUCUCCACAGAGGCUGCAGGCUCCGCAGUCCCCUUCAGUGUUCCUUGUGACUGACGCUCCAGCCUGCCCAUUCACCGGCAUGCAGUGUUAAUUAUUUUAGAAAUAUUGUUCCUUGGUGUCAGCGUAGCUGUCUGUCGUAGGAGCUGGGUCCAUGUCCCGACAGCACUCCCUGUCCACCAUUCUCCUCUGCCAUCCGGAACUGUUGCCCGAGACCCCUCCUCUCCCACAGCCCUGCCAUGCCGACUCGGUUUCCCCUCAGAGCCCAUGCCGUCUGGGCCCAAGUUUCUGCCCCAAGUUGUAUGCUGAAAUUGGGGAUUGCUUCUCCUGCCACCUGUGAGGAGCGCCAGGAGAGGAUGGUGGUGGAAGAUGUCGGGGCCCUGACCCCAGGAGUGGGGUGGAGGGCGGAGCCUGCUGGGGCCCUGCCUUCAAGAGAUGCCACGUGCUGCGGAGGCCUUUGGGGUCCCCUCAGAGUCUUCCAGGGUGGCUGGAGAGCACAAACGCGCCAGUGAACCCCUCUGUGCGCCUGAGUUCAAUAAAUGUUGUGGCCCCUCCUCA